AUGCCUGGCACCAUUCUCAAGCGAAACAUCGGCGAUGCGACCUUCCCCGCCAUUGGCUAUGGCGCAAUGGGAAUAGCUGUAGCCUAUGGGCCUCCUCUGCCCCUCGAGGAGGCUCUUAAGGUCCUUGAUGGCGUGUACGCGAGUGGGAUAACACACUGGGACACUGCGGACGCUUAUUCCGACAAUGAAUUCAUUAUAGGACAGUGGUUCAAGCGUACGGGAAAGCGAAAUGACGUCUUCCUAGCUACCAAGUUCGGCUUAGGUCGCUACUGGGAGGGCGACGAGACUCGUACCAUCAACGGCGACCCUGAAUACGUCCCGAAGGCACUUCAGCGGUCCUUAGAGCAACUCGGCGUCGAGAACGUUGAUAUGUGGUACUUGCACAGGGCCGAUGCUAACGUACCAAUCGAACUGACUGUGAAGGCGAUGGCAGAGCAAGUGAAGGCAGGCAAGGUCAAGUACCUUGGCCUCUCCGAGGUCAGCGCGGACACUCUCCGUCGUGCGCACGCCGUGCACCCUAUUGCAGCCGUGCAAGUCGAGUACUCGCCCUUCACGACCGACAUUGAGGAUGAGAAGAUCGGCCUUUUGAAAGCUGCCCGCGAGCUCGGGGUUAAGGUUGUCGCCUAUGGAGCACUCGGACGUGGACUGCUGACUGGCAAAUAUACGGAUCCGGAGCAGUUCCCUCCAACCGACUUCCGCAGGAUGAUCCCGCGGUUCUCGAAGGAGAACUUCCCGAGCAUUCUCAAGAUCGCAGAAGGCCUGAAGAAAGUCGGGGAGAAAUACGGUGCAUCGUCCGGCCAGGUCGCUCUUGCUUGGUUGCUCGCGCAAGGAGAGGACAUCAUCCCUAUUGUGGGCACGACGAAGCUCGAUAACCUGAAGGAGAACCUUGGCGCAUAUGAUGUGAAGCUGAGCCCCGAAGACAUUGCGGAGGUACGCCGCCUUGCGGAUGGGGCGUCAGUGCCUGGCGACCGGUACCCGGCAUUCCUGUUCCACACGCUCUUCGCCGAUACUCCUGCUCUUCAACAGUGA